AUGACUACAAACACUUCCUCUCAGGCUCUAGAUGAUCUUGUCAGAGCAACCGACAACUUUCGCGAACAAUAUCUACACGCUCUGACAACCCUUCAAGAUGGCCUCGUCGCUCGUCGACGAGACACAGCAGAAAGCCAUGCUCGCAGUAGCAUCUCCAUGCCUGAGCCCUACGGUCCAUUCACACCACCCUUGAGAGCUUCCACGGGCCCAACAUUCGCAACAGAGGGCUCUUUGUCUCCUAUCUUCCGGCGAGGGCGGGCCGCAACUCUUGAGAGCGCAAAAGAAAGAACAUCUUUGUCUGCUGAGCCUCAGCACUUUACUGGUUCGCCAAGUGGCAGUCAUCGCGUUGUCUUUGCGCAGGACGAAGAUGUUUCCUUCAUCCCUCUCCCUCUCCUGGAUAACACGACAGCUACUACCACAACGCGAGAGGUUGAGGACUAUCCCCAUAACAUUGUCAGGGAUCAUCUCGGCCAGGAAGACUGGGCCGAUAGCCAACUCCUCCAGCAUCUGAAAAUCGAAGAUUUCACCCCCGAAAUGGCACCCUUUCUGGACGAUAUCAUGAAACGACGUUCCGAGAUUGAUAUAGAUGUACCCUUCCGUGAAUUUGCGGCGUAUGAGAGAGAGCAGUAUAGUCAGUCUACAUUUGAAGUGUACGAGGUUGGCCAUAACUGCAAACUCACCAAACUCAGCGCUGACGGAGAUGGAGACGCGCAGUCAGAUGUCAAGUAUACGGGCGAGGGCCCCUACGAGAUUCCGGCUGAUAAUGUCGACGCCCCUACGGUUUGGGAAACAAUCAGGGCUGUCAACCAAAUUGGCACGUCUACAGGCCGAAUCACCAUCGUCCAAGAGCCUACACCUCUUAUCCUCGCUGCACUUCACUGGACCAUGUCGUCACACUUUGAUAUGAAUGAGCUGCUCACUCAUCUCCUCUCUGAUGAGCCUAACCGUGGCCGUACCCAUGCAUUCAUGACUAGAGCCUACGAGAGGCCCCCCUCCCAAGCAACUUCUCACUCGCCCAUCGUUGUCCCAUCAUCGCCCGUCCCGCUCACUGCCAGGCUGUCGGUGUCACCAACCCCUCCUACACCCAACGUUCGUCAGAGGUCUUUCUUCUUUGUAUUCAAGUACUACACAGUUGUCAGUCACCCUCUCGAGCCAGCUCCUUGGCAGCGUUUCGAUAAAAGACCUUCAGAAAGUCGCCUCGGAGAUCAUAUUGAUAUCGCUGAAUGCGGCUCUGUAUUGGCUCUAUCACUCGGCGGAGACUCUCACAAAGCUCCCCCUAUGCGUUCGAGAAGAGAGCGUGCUCGAGAAGGGGUUCUAUUCGAUACAUUUGGUCCAUGGCAGUUACUUGCUAUCCAGAGUUUUCCUGAUAACUCUCAUACUGUCCGUGGUCCGGAGUUCCAGGAGAAGAAAUAUGUCAAUGGACCAUAUGCGUUUCUGGACCUACUCAUCUCCGAGUACCGUGAUGCUACAAAGCGAAACCUAAUCCUCCAUGAGCGAGUCACCAAGCUCAUCACUCCCCCGACCGAAUUCAUGUUUGACCCUAAACUCAGAGACAAACUGUUAUUCGAGGACAAGCACUUCACCUACAUCCGAAGGUACUUCUGGGCGUACAACACCCUUGCUGUUGUGAACACGGGUAUCAAGUCAAUGAUCGCGGCAUAUAUCGACACAUUUACCGACAGCUUCUGGGCCGGCACCCACCCGAUUCUAUGGCCGCAUCACGCAGCUGAUUCGCCUGAUGGGAUUGCCUAUAGUAAGCACAUGGCUAAACUGCGCUGUGAGCUUGACAAAGUCGUCCAAGAGCUUACGGAGGUUCUCAAACGCAACGAACGAACCCGUAAGGAGAUCGAAAACCUGCGAGAUCAGCUCUUCAGUGGAAGCUCCAUCAAGGAAAGCCGGAGAGCUAUUGAACAGGGCGACAACAUUAAAGUCCUCACAAUGAUCAGUAUGAUCUUUUUACCACUUACUUUUGUCACGUCUGUCUUCGGUAUGACGGUCUUUACAGUCCCUGCAACCGACUGGCGAUUUCCUCUGACCAUGAUCCUCGUCUGUGUCCCCUUCAUGCUUCUCGUGACCUUCCUCCAAACACGAUCAUUUGGUGUCCUACUGCGCAAGCUUGGUGCCAUUGGCAGUGCACCUGUUCGUCUCAUGACCCAAGCUCGGGGCCGGCCUCGAGAGAUCACAGAUGUCGCUGAUAAUAUCUCAGCGGCCAGGGUGAGACGAGGUAGUGGUGCAUUUCUCGAGAGGAUUGCAGCCAGACUUUGGACCAAGAGGUCAGCACAGAAAGUCGAGAGGGAUGAUUUCGGGGGUGUUUAG